GACGGCGGCGAAGAUGGACAAAUUGCUGAGGCCGCUGGCUAUGUGGUAUGGCCGAAAAGUGGAGCACGAGCUUGCGAAAUAUGGUUUGAAAUACGAGGACAUCUUGAACGACUCUCACCCGGACAUUCAGACUGCCAUUUUAAGGCUGUCGCCGGAGGAGAUUUCGAAUCGCAACAAGAGGCUGAAGAGAGCUCUGGACAUCUCUCUGAAACACGCUGAGUUGAGCAAGGAGGCGCAAGCUAGCGUACAGCCGUUUGUAGGAUACCUCCCUCUUCAGCGAGCAAGGGAUGAGCGUCUUGAGAGGUUGAUGAACAAGUAAGUUGUUGUUGUCACCUUGUUGGACGCGGAUCUUUGCUUUUGAUUUACAUGAAGAACAAUCAC